AGCGGAAGGCGGGGCUGAGAGGCGCGGAGUGCUGCGCCGAGUCCCCUCCCGGCUGACUCUCCACUGUGUCCUCCUCACGCCCGGCUCCGGGGCGAUGGUGGACGUGCUGGGCGGGCGGCGCCUGGUGACCCGCGAGGGCACGGUGGUGGAGGCCGAGGCGGCGCUGCAGAACAAGGUGGUAGCUCUGUACUUUGCGGCGGGCCGGUGCGCGCCCAGCCGCGACUUCACGCCGCUGCUCUGUGACUUCUACACGGAGCUGGUGAGCGAGGCGCGGCGGCCAGCACCCUUCGAGGUGGUUUUCGUGUCGGCGGACCGCAGCGCGGAGGAGAUGCUAGACUUCAUGCGCGAGCUGCACGGCUCCUGGCUGGCAUUGCCCUUCCACGACCCCUACCGGCAUGAACUGAAGAAGAGGUAUGACAUCACCAUCAUCCCCAAGCUGGUGGUCAUCAAGCAGAAUGGAGCUGUCAUCACCAAUAAAGGGCGGAAGCAGAUCCGGGAGCACGGGCUAGCUUGCUUUCAGAACUGGGUGGAAGCAGCCGAUGUUUUCCAAAACUUCUCAGGGUGAAUCUGGAGGGACCAGAGCAGGUGCUGGAAGUGUGGGCAACCACCUUCAAAGAGGGCUUAACUAGUUCUCUGUUGGGGAAUGUCAUUGUAGAGUCACCGUACAGAGAGCAGAAACUGCUCAGGAAAGAUCUGUGCCCACCGUCUGUGGGUCCUAGAGCUCCUUCAGGGUUUCUUGUUUCUUGUAGCUUUCUCCACCAGCGCUGAGGCUCCAGGACUGGUGAGCAGGGGGCUAGCAGAGACCUAUGCAAGAUGCUCUUUCCUACAGGCUUCUUUGGUAAAUUGACCUAUGAGGUGAUGCGUUUUUCCGAUGACCUAUUACAUUUUAGAGAUGCUUUGGUAAAGAUAUUUGUUACUCGAGUUUGUAGACUGUGUAAUUUAAUAAAUCAACACUCACACUUUGAG